GCGAGAGGCUGCCGGCACUGCCUCCCGUCCCUUCUGCGGUUCCCGAAGUCCCCACCGGCUCCCUGCAGGCGGGGGCACUCGGCUGUGCGCUCCUGGCGGUGCGCUCUGUCCGCUCAUUGCACAUCGGGGAGAAAACCCGCCCACGGCUUGGAAAGCACAGGGCCGGGGGCCGCGUGGAAGUUUCCCCGAGAUUUCAAGUUGGAGUCUUUUUCAGGUUCAUAAUAGGAAAAUGCUGCUGAUUUUGUUCCUCGUAAUAAUUUGCUCCCAUGUUUCUGUGAACCAAAAUUCUGGCCCUGAGUUUGCCGAUAUCGUGUUUCUGGUGGACAGCUCUGAUCACCUGGGAGUGAAGUCCUUCCCUUUUGUGAAAACGUUUAUCAACAAAAUGAUCACCAGUCUCCCCAUAGAGGCCAACAAAUACCGCGUGGCCCUGGCCCAGUACAGCGACAAGCUCCAUAGUGAAUUCCAGCUGAACACCUUCAAGAGCAGGAACCCCAUGUUGAACCACCUCAAGAAGAACUUCUUAUUCAUGGGUGGCUCCCUGCGCAUAGGAAACGCGCUCCAGGAGGCUCACAGGACCUAUUUCUCUGGACUCGCCAACGGGAGAGACAAGAAACUGUUUCCCCCGAUUUUGGUGGUCCUGGCUUCCGCCGAGUCCGAGGAUGCGGUAGAAGAGGCUGCCAAGGCCCUGCGGAAGGACGGGGUGAGAAUCAUCUCCGUGGGGCUGCAGAAAGCUUCUGAGGAGAACCUGAAGGCCAUGGCCACGGCUCCGUUUCAUUUCCGCCUCCGAUCCGUCAGAGACCUCAGCGCAUUCUCCCAGAACAUGACGCGGAUCAUCAAGGAUGCGGUUCAGUAUAAGGAAGGAGCCGCGGAUGAUAUUGUUGCCCAAGUUUGCCAAGGCACAUCUGUGGCUGAUGUUGUGUUCCUGUUGGAUGUGUCCAUCAAUGGCAGCCAGGAGAACUUGGACUAUCUUAAAGAAUUCCUAGAAGAAAGUGUCUCUGCUCUUGACAUAAAGGAAAACUGCAUGAGGAUUGGCCUAGUGGCUUACAGCAAUGAGAUAAAUGUGAUAAAUUCGCUGAACAGGGGCACAAAUAAGUCGGAGGUUCUCCAGUAUAUACAGAACAUCUCUCCCCAGGCUGGGGAGGCCUACACCGGAGCUGCCAUCGAAAUGAUCAGGAAGGAAGUCUUCAGGGCACAGAACGGCAGUCGGAAGAAUCAGGGGGUGCCCCAGAUUGCGGUGUUGGUGACUCACCGACCAUCAGAAGACAACGUGACCAAGGCAGCCAUUGACCUCCGGCGCCAGGGCGUGACCAUCUUCACCAUGGGCAUAGAGGGGGCCAGCGACAUCCAGCUGGAAAAGAUAGCAUCACACCCCAGUGAGCUGUAUGUCUCCAAACUGGAGACCUUCUCCCACCUGGCUGCUCACAACCAGACAUUUCUAAAGAAGCUGCGGAAACAAAUAACGCACACAGUCUCUGUCUUUUCAGAACGGACUGAAACGCUCAAAUCUGGUUGUGUGGACACUGAAGAAGCAGACAUCUAUCUGCUCAUUGAUGGCUCUGGAAGCCCUCAGGCCACAGACUUCCAAGAAAUGAAGACCUUCCUGUCACAGAUCGUAAAGAUGUUCAACAUUGCUCCCCAAAAUGUGCGGGUUGGGGCCGUUCAGUACGCUGACAGCUGGGACUUGGAAUUUGAGAUCAGUAAAUACACUAACAAGCAUGAUUUGGUAAAGGCCAUUGAGAACAUCAGGCAGAUGGGUGGGAGUACAAACACAGGCGCAGCCCUGAAUUUCACACUGGGGCUGUUGCAAAAAGCAAAGAAGCAGCGAGGAAACAGAGUGCCAUGUCAUCUUAUUGUCCUGACAAAUGGCAUGUCCAAGGAUAGCAUCUUGGAACCUGCGACCAGACUGAGAGAAGAGCUCAUCCGUGUUUAUGCCAUUGGGGUCAAGGAGGCCAACCAAUCCCAGCUGCAAGAAAUUGCUGGCGAGGAGAAGAGGGUGUACUACGUGCAUGACUUUGAUGCUUUGAAAGACAUAAGAAACCAAGUGGUUCAAGAAAUCUGUACCGAAGAAGCCUGCAAAAAGAUGAAAGCUGACAUCAUGUUUCUGGUGGACAGUUCUGGCAGUAUAGGAAGUGAAAACUUCAUUAAAAUGAAAACAUUUAUGAAAAACCUGGUGAACAAAACCCAGAUUGGAGCAGAUCAGGUGCAAGUUGGUGUAGUCCAGUUCAGCAACAUCAAUAAGGAAGAGUUUCAGCUCAACAAAUAUGUGUCCCAAAGAGAGAUUUCAGAUGCAAUAGACCAAAUGAUGUACAUUGGAGACACCACGUUGACUGGUGGUGCCCUGACCUUUGUGUCUCAGUACUUCAGCCCCAUCAAGGGGGCCCGGCCCAACGUCAGGAAGUUUCUUAUCCUCAUCACGGAUGGUGAAGCUCAAGACGUAGUCAAGGGCCCAGCAGUGGCACUUCGGCAAGAAGGCGUGACUAUCUACUCUGUGGGGGUAUUUGGCGCCAACGUCACCCAGCUGGAGGAGAUCAGCGGGAAGCGGGAGAUGGUUUUUUAUGUUGAGAAUUUUGACAUUCUGCAGCACAUUGGAGAUGAUCUUGUCUUUGGAAUAUGCAGCCCCCGUGAAGAAUGCAAGAGGAUUGAAGUUUUAGACGUUGUGUUUGUAAUUGAUACCUCUGGCAGCAUUAACAAGGAUCAAAGUAAUACCAUGAAGGACUUCAUGAUUGACUUGGUGAAAAAAGCCAAUGUUGGCAAGAAUCAGGUCCAAUUUGGGGCUCUGAGGUAUUCUGAUGAUCCAGAAGUGCUGUUCUAUCUGCAUGACCUUGGCACAAAAUCAGAGGUGAUUUCAGUGCUCCAGAAUGAGCUGCCCUUGGGGGGUAACACAUACACUGCCAAGGCACUGGACAUCUCGGGCCAGAUGUUCACCGAAGACCGGGGCAGCCGCCUGCACCGGGGAGUCCCCCAAGUCCUCAUUGUGAUCACCGAUGGGGUAUCCCAUGAUGCAGAAAAGCUCAAUGCCACAGCCAAGGCCUUGCGAGACAGAGGCAUUCUUGUCCUGGCCGUGGGGAUCGGUGAGGCGAAUCCUGUGGAGCUGCUGGCCAUGGCAGGAUCGAGGGACAAGUACUUCUUCGUGGAGAAUUUUGGAGGCCUGAAAGGGAUCCUUUCAAACGUGUCAGCCAGUGUGUGUAACACUGCACAAGUAGAUUGUGAAGUUGAAAAAGUAGACCUUGUUUUCCUCGUGGAUGGUUCGAAUAGCAUAGACCAAGAAGACUUCAAAAAGAUGAAGACAUUCUUGGCAUCUGUUGUUCAAGACUUUGAUGUCAGUGUCAACAGAGUGCGAAUAGGAAUGGCCCAGUUCAGCGAUACCUAUCAGUCAGAGUUUCCACUGGGAAAGUUCACAGGCAAACAGGAAAUAUCACUUCAGAUUGAAAACAUCACGCAGAUCUUCGGAUACACACGCAUCGGUGCUGCACUCCAGCAAGUGGGGCAUUACUUCCGGCCAGACAUGGGCAGCCGGAUAAAUGCAGGUACCCCACAGGUGUUGCUGGUCAUCACUGAUGGCCAGUCCCAAGACGACGUGGCUCAGGCCGCUGAAGACCUGAGAAACAAAGGUAUUGACAUCUACUCCGUGGGCAUCGGGAAAGUGGAUGACCAGCAGCUUAUUCAGAUCACUGGGGCUGCAAAUAAAAAACUGAUGGUUCAUAACUUCGACGAACUGCGUAAGAUCAAGAAAAGGAUCGUUCGCAACAUCUGUACCCAAGGGGGUGAAAGCAAUUGUUUUGUGGACAUUGUGGUAGGAUUUGACAUCUCAACUCAGCAGAAUGGGCAGACUUUGCUUGAUGGUCAGUCUGAGAUGGAAACCUACCUUCAAGACACCUUACGUACCAUCAGCUCCCUCGGUGGGGUUAGCUGUGAGGUGGGCACAGAGACUCAGGUUAGUGUAGCUUUUCAAGUGACCAAUGCCAUGGAAAAAUACUUUCCCAAGUUUGAGAUCUACAGUGAUAACAUACUGAGCAGCUUGAAGAAUAUAACAGUUAAAGGACCAUCUCUUCUCAAUGCAAACUCCUUGAGUUCCCUGUGGGAUGCGUUUCAGAAUAAAUCGGCUACUCGUGGAAAGGUGGUUCUCUUAUUCUCAGAUGGAUUGGAUGAUGAUAUUGAAAAACUUGAACACAAAGCAGAUGAACUUAGAAAAGAAGGCUUGAAUGCCCUCAUAACUGUUGCUCUGAGUGAAAACAUCGACUCAAGUGAUCUGGCUGACCUUCUCUACAUUGAAUUUGGGAAAAGAUUUGAAUAUAGGACCCAGCUCACUAUUGGAAUGAGAGAUCUUGGGAGCAGACUGUCAAAGCAGCUGAUCAGUGUUGCUGAAAGGACGUGCUGCUGUUUAUUCUGCAAGUGCAUUGGAGAAGAUGGCACAAUGGGAGAUCAUGGACCACCAGGGAAAAAGGGACCCACAGGUCUUAAAGGCAAUACAGGCUAUCGGGGAGAGGAAGGCAUUGAUGGAGAAAGAGGAACCAAUGGACGAGUGGGAGACCAAGGUAUUAAGGGAUGCGAUGGCGCCAAAGGUCCUAAGGGAAACAGGGGACUAAAUGGCCAGGAGGGAGAAGUUGGAGAAAGCGGAAUUGAUGGAUUAAAUGGAGUACAGGGCGACAGUGGUCUUCCUGGAGGAAAAGGAGAAAAGGGUGAUAGAGGAUCCCAGGGAAGCCCAGGAAAGAAAGGGAUUUUUGGUGACCGUGGAGAAAAAGGGCCGCGAGGAGACCCUGGAGUUCUUGGACUUGACAAUACCAUCAAAGGAUCCAAGGGCUUGAAAGGAGAACCUGGAAGACAAGGUAGAAGAGGCUGGCCAGGCCCCCCAGGAACACCAGGAUCCAGAAGACAGACAGCAGCUCAUGGCCGAAGGGGACAUACAGGCCCACAGGGGAUAACAGGCCUCCCAGGCCCAGAUGGACUUGAAGGCUCCCUGGGAUUUAACGGUCGUCAGGGCCCAAGAGGAAAGUCUGGUAUGAAAGGAAAAACAGGAGAUCUGGGAAGCAGAGGUCCCCAGGGGCCUCCAGGACCAGAAGGGAAAAAAGGGAGUCAAGGCCAUUUGGGAAGCCAAGGAAUUAAAGGAGAACCUGGAGAUCUGGGAGAAAAAGGACCUAUCGGCCUACCCGGUCCUCGAGGCUUGCCGGGUGAUGAAGGCAACCCAGGUUAUGGAAACAUUGGUAGUAAAGGAGCAAAGGGACAAGAAGGAUUUCCUGGAGAAAGUGGACUUAAGGGUGAGAUUGGGGACCCUGGUGGUCCAGGAGAAACUGGACCCAAGGGAGCUAGAGGCCAGAUGAUAUCUGCUGGGCUUCCAGGAGAACCAGGAUCCCCUGGAGAGCUGGGACCUCCUGGACGCAAGGGUGUGAAAGGGGCCAGCGGACAGGCUUCAUUUUCCACAUGUGAGCUCAUUCAGUUUGUGCGGGACCACAGUCCUUGCAGACACGGAAAACCUGAAUGCCCGGUGCAUCCAACAGAGCUGGUGUUUGUCUUAGACCAGUCCCGGGACGUGACAGAGCAGGAGUUUGAGCAGAUGAAGAAGAUGAUGUCUUCCGUGGUAAGCAGCAUCAGAGUCCGGGACAACAGCUGCCCCGUGGGAGCGCGCAUUGCCGUCCUCUCCUAUAACUCCCACGCCAGGCACCUCAUCCGCUUCUCAGAUGCCUACAAGAAGCCACGGCUCCUCAAGGAAAUCGAAGCUAUCCCUUACGAGAGAUCCUCAGACGGCAGGGAGAUCGGCCACGCAAUGAGGUUUAUUUCCAGGAAUGUCUUCAAGCGAACUCUCCCAGGGGCUCACACAAGAAGAAUCGCCACGUUUUUCAGCAGCCGUCAAUCUGCGGAUGCUCAGUCCAUCACCACGGCCACCAUGGAAUUCAGCGCCCUGGACAUCAUUCCCGUCGUCAUUGCUUUCAGCAACGUGCCCGCCAUCAAGCGUGCAUUUAUGAUUGAUGACACUGGCACAUUCCAAGUAAUAACUGUUCGAUCUGGGACCGACUACAUGCCGGCAUUAGAGAGACUCCAGAGGUGCACUUUCUGCUAUGAUGUAUGCAAACCGGAUGCUUCCUGUGAUCAAGCCAGACCACCCCCUGUGCAGUCUUACAUAGAUGCUGCUUUCCUUCUGGAUGGCUCCCGGCAUGUGGGAAGUGCUGAAUUUGAAGACAUAAGAGGCUUCCUGGGAGCGCUGCUAGAUCACUUUGAAAUCACGCCGGAGCCUGAGACCUCUGUCACCGGAGACCGGGUGGCCCUGUUAAGCCAUGCUCCCCCCAACUUCCUACCCAAUACUCAGAGGAGUCCCAUUAGAACUGAGUUCAACCUUACCACCUACAACAGUAAACGCCUCAUGAAGAGGCAUGUGGAAGAAGCAGUGCAACAACCGAAUGGAAAUGCUUUUAUUGGUCACGCCUUACAGUGGACGGUGGACAAUAUCUUCUUAAGUGCGCCCAAUCUGAGAAGAAACAAGGUCAUAUUUGUGAUAUCUGCUGGGGAAACCAGUCACUUGGACAGGGAAACCUUAAAGAAAGAGUCUUCGAGAGCCAAAUGUCAAGGCUAUGCCCUAUUUGUGAUUUCCCUUGGCCCUGCUUGGAACGACAAGGAACUGGAGGACCUAGCCAGUCACCCUUUGGAUCAGCACCUGGUCCAGCUUGGCCGAAUUCAUAAACCUGACCACAGAUUUGGUGUGAAGUUUGUGAAAUCCUUUAUAAACUCAAUCAGGCGUGCCAUCAACAAAUAUCCACCAAUAAACUUCAAAACAAAAUGCAAUAGACUCAGCUCUGCAAAUCCACAGCAGCACCUACAAGAGUUGCGAAGCUUUGUUCGUGGACCACAUGCAGCUGCCCUCAAAGAAGAUGCAUUACAGAAGGCUAAAUUCUUUCAAGAUAAAAAAUACAUUUCAGGAGUAGCAAGAGGCAACAGAGAUAAUAUUGUUUGAAAUUUUAUUAGAAACACAUCCCGUACCUUUAAAAAUGGGAAGGUGGUAGAAACGGUUCCCAAAUGACAUGAUAAAGGAAGUGCUCCGAGAAUUUAG